UCAUAUAUUAUCUUACAUGUACAGAUUUUGGAGAAUCUCCCUGAUAGGCACACUGUGAUCUGAAAAUCUUGUGACCUGGCCGGUGUCUCUCUUCGAGAAGCCUCCUCCCCUCCUAGGCCUAUAUUUAGGUCCAUCCAGCUCCAGGGACACAACUGUGAGCGAGUGCUGGUGUCAGAGGCUGUUGGUUGGUGUGACCGCUUAUGCAGCAGUGACAGAACUUCCAGCCAAAUAAAGGAACUAAAAGUGAUUACCGAGGACACAGGAAGUUUCUUCUGGCUGUUUUGCAAGCUGAAGCUCUGUUUCCACACGACUCCUGGGUUUCUUCUUUUCUCUGUGCACUUUAUAAACUGACUUUGAAACAGGAACACUAAAGGCUGAAGUGUUCACUGAUAAAAAAAAAAAAAUGGGGGACGAGACGUAUAAAGGUAAAAUUCCUCUCGUUGAAGACACAAAGGUGAAGGUGCUUUAUGAGACUCAAGCAUCAGCUGGGCCUGAUGACAAAGCUGAAUACCCUCCUGCUGGGACUAACUCCAUCUACUCUGCGAUUCUGAGCAGAAACGAGGCCGUCAAGGAUGCCAAGCGCCUCAAGACUUUUUUGGAGCUGCGAGACAAAUAUGUGAAGAAGAAGGUGGUGUUCGAAGACCCUCUGUUCCCCGCAAACGACUCCUCGCUCUUCUACAGUCACAAGUCUGCCAUGAAGAUCGAGUGGAAGCGUCCCUCGGAAAUCUGUGAAAACCCCCAGUUCAUCAUCGAUGGAGCCAACCGGACAGACAUCUGUCAGGGAGAAUUGGGUGACUGCUGGUUGCUGGCUGCCAUCGCCUGUCUGACAGUCAAUGAGAAGCUGCUGUACAGAGUGAUUCCCCCUGAUCAGAGCUUCACCGAGAACUACGCCGGCAUCUUCCAUUUCCAGUUCUGGCGUUAUGGCGAAUGGAUCGAUGUGGUUGUGGACGACCGCAUCCCCACCUGCAACAACAAGCUGGUAUUCACCAAAUCUUUCAGGAAUAACGAGUUCUGGAGCGCCCUUUUGGAAAAAGCUUACGCAAAGUUGCAUGGGUCUUAUGAGGCACUGAAAGGGGGCAACACUUUGGAAGCCAUGGAGGAUUUCACCGGUGGCGUUACGGAGUUCUUCGAGCUGUCUGAGGCGCCCAAAGACCUCUACAACAUCAUGAGGAAGGCGCUGCAGAGAGGCUCGCUGAUGGGCUGCUCCAUAGAUGUUUUUUCAGCCAGUGAACUGGAGAGUCGAACUGAUCUGGGGCUGGUGAGGGGUCAUGCCUACUCCAUCAUCGGCCUGGCAGAGUGUGACGAAGUUGCAAAGAACACCAAAGUUCGCCUGAUUCGCCUGCGCAAUCCCUGGGGUUUUGUGCUGUGGAAAGGACCAUGGAGCACAAAUUCAAAGGAGUGGUCGACCAUUUCCAUCGCAGACAAGGAAAACCUAAAGAAACAGACGAUAGAAACGAGUGAGUUCUGGAUGUCUUUUGAUGAUUUUAAGAGGAACUUCACCAAGCUGGAGAUGUGUAACCUGACCCCCGACACACUGCAGUGUGAGGAGAGACACAGCUGGACGGUGUCCGUCAACGAGGGUCGCUGGGUGAGAGGCAGCUCUGCUGGAGGCUGCAGGAACUUCCCAGAAACGUUCUGGACGAACCCUCAGUAUCGGCUGAAGCUGUACGAAGAGGAUGACGACCCAGAGGACGGAAACGUGGCCUGCACUCUCGUCGUGGCUCUGAUGCAGAAAGGUCGAAGGAUGCAGCGUCAUCAAGGGGCCAGAUUCCUCACCAUCGGAUUUUCCAUCUACCAGGUCCCGAAGGAGAUGUGUGGACAGAAUCAGCAUCUGCAGAAGGACUUCUUCCUGUACACAGCCUCCAAGGCUAAAUGCAAGACCUACAUUAACCUGCGGGAGGUCACGGAGCGGUUCCGUCUGCCCCCAGGGGAGUAUGCCAUCAUCCCCACGACCUUUGAACCUCAUCAAGAGGGAGAGUUCAUUCUCAGGGUCUUCUCUGAGAAGCAGAGCACGUCUGAAGAAGUGGAGAACACGAUCGGCUCUGACCAAACGCAGCAAGACAAGAAAAAGAAAGAAAAGCCUAUUGUAUUUGUGUCAGACAGAGCACGAGCCAACAAAGAACUCGAGCAUGACGGCAUUCUGGGAGAAAAGAAGAAGAAACCAAAGCAAAAACUACUUGAACCUGAGGAGGAGACUGAAGAGGAAAAACAGUUCAGAGCCAUUUACAAACAGAUUGCUGGUGAGGACAUGCAGAUCUGUGCCAACGAACUCAUGAGGGUCAUGAAGAAUGUCCUUGCCAAACAUAGUGAAAUAAAUUCAGAGGGUUUCAGCCUUGAGACGUGUCGGAGCAUGAUUGCCCUGAUGGAUACUGAUGGGACAGGAAAGCUGAACCUGCAGGAGUUCAAACACUUGUGGAGAAAGAUCAAAGCGUGGCAGCUGAUCUUCAAACGUUACGAUAAGGACAAAACCUGCUCCAUCAGUAGUUUUGAGAUGAGGAACGCAGUUAAUGAGGCAGGGUUUCACCUCAACAACCAGUUAUAUGACAUCAUAGCCAUGCGCUACGCAGACGAACACCUCAACAUCAACUUUGACAGUUACAUCUGCUGUUUUGUGAGGCUAGAGGGCAUGUUCAGGGCUUUCAAUGCUUUUGACAAAGAUGGUGAUGGAAUCAUCAAACUCAAUGUCCUGGAGUGGCUCCAGCUGACUAUGUAUUCUUAACUCGCUCACUUGAUCCCUGAUGUAGCUGCAGACAAUUGGAGCUCACGUUGAUGACUUAAGUCCUGAAAUCUUAAAAGGUUUAAUGUGACAUUUUUAUGUGAUAUUUCAAGUUGAGUCACCACUCCAGCUACGACAGUGUGGACUAAAAGUCAACUUUAUUUUACCUUAUUUCUAAGAAACUGACAUCUUAUCAGUAUUAAAGGUGAUUCCUGGAACGUAUUCAGUUGUUUAGACUCUACAGUGUGGAUGAGAGCAAGAGAAUCUGUAUAUUCUGAUAAUCAUAUCAGUGUUUGAAAUGAAGCAGGGAUACAAAAUGAAAUAAAGAAGCGGUGUAAUGAUGUGAACAAAAAUGUUUUUACAAAUGUAGACUUAACCUUUGUUGCCAUGUUGAACAAAAUGUGACGUGUAAUUCAAAGCUAGAAAUGUCAAGGUUCAAAAAUAAAUGUUUGAAUACAA